UGUCUUAGUUUCAAAAUGAGCAAAACUGAGAAACCUUUAUCCACUCUUUGGGGUUGUGAACUUAAUGAAUCUAAUAAAGAAGAGUCCUUCAAGACGGAUGACACGAAUCAUCAACACCAGCUGGCACUUAGAAUGAUGUGUCUGGGUCACAAUGCUAAAGAUGAGUUUAAUAUCAUCGAGUUGGUCACCGGUGAGGGGAACAGUAGCGUGAAAGCGGUUCCAAUAGCAACACUGCAUGCUAAAUCUAUGCCUACGGUCAACCUGUCUGGACUGGAUCUUCAUCCACCGGUGACUUUCCGCCUGAAGCGCGGCUCUGGGCCAGUGUACGUUGGAGCAGAACAUGUGGCCCUGGAGUACUCUGAUGAAGAACUGGAUGAGAUGGAUGAGGAGGUAGAAGAGGAGGAAGAUAUUGAAGAACCACCUGUUAAGAAAGUCACAAAAAAUAGUGCUGACAAAGGUAAAGGAAGGGGACGGAAGGCGCAAGCUGCAAAGGUGUGA